AUGACGGUAGCGGUAGCGUUUUACACAAAUACGGCGGAUUGGCUGGUGAAACACAAAUACGCCGUAGAAGUACACAAUAUCACCACGACUGACGGAUAUGAGCUUCUGUUGCAUCGCAUACCCAAACCAGGCAAUCAGCCCAUUUUGUUGGUACAUGGUUUGUUGACAUCAUCACUCGCUUGGGUACUACUCGGCCCGGGAAAGAGUCUAGCCUUUCUGCUGGCCGACCGUAACUACGAUGUUUGGCUUGCAAAUUUUCGUGGCUCUCCAUAUGCGCGCAGUUCCUCGCAACUCGAAAGCAAAACGCUGGACUAUUGGAGUUUCAGCUUCCAUGAAAUGGGUGCCUAUGACCUUCCCGCCAUAAUGGAUCACAUUGAAAAAGCAACCUCUUUUCACAAGUUAAUACUUAUUGGACACUCACAGGCGCUCAAUGCAUUUUUGGUUCUCUGUUCUGUUCACCCCGAAUACAAUGAGCGCAUUUUGUUAAUGCAAGCUUUAGCCCCAAUUGUGCAGCUUCACGGUUUUGUGCGCUUCAAGACGGAUGAUGUCCGUCAGGUGAUGCGUUAUGUUAAGUCAAUAGAACCACUUCUUUAUGGCCAACUUUUACAAGGUGCUUCACUAAAGGAAAUCAAACAUCUACAACAAAUAUGGAAUUCCGGCGAUUUCGUUGCCUUCGAUUACGGUGUGGAGGGUAAUCGCAAGUAUUAUAAUUCUGUGGAGCCAUACAAUUAUAAUCUCAGUCUUAUAACCGCACCGCUUCUGCUCUAUUUCGGAGAAAGCGACGCCAUAGCAACGCCCGCGGGAGUGCAUAGCAUCUACUCACGUGUAUUAAAUGCGGUGGCCGGUGUCUACCGUAUAAACGCCGUCAAAUUUAAUCAUUUCGACUUUCUAUGUGCCAGCGAUGUAAAAACUUUGGUCAACGAUAGAGUCAUCGCUAUGAUGGAACAAUACUUAGGCGGUAAAUUGUCAUACGUAAUUGAGUGA